CUUUCAUUUCAAGCUAGGAAAACAGACGAAAAUUUUGGCAAUUGUGAUGUGAAAAGUUGUUUAUUUUUCUGGAAAAAUAUGAAAAUUAAAAUUUUCAAACCUUUACCAAUAUAAGUAAUUCAAAUCAAACAUUCACAGAAUAUCUAUUGUCAUAAUAAUGGAGUUAAUGCAAGCAGAUGAGUUGGACCUAUAUUCUGGCAUGUUUCCUGCAGAGACGGAGCAAGAGGAGAUUGUUUGUGGAUGUCGAGGCAGAGGACGUCGGGUGAAGAAAGCUCCCAGGCUUCCUCUCAUUGCCAUGGUGAUGAGAAUGGAACUGAAUGAGGAGAAGUACAAUCGUCCCGGUCGGGGAAGGGGUAGAGCGUUAAGGGAUCAUGCUGUGCAGCAAGGGAAACUAAGGAGACCACACACACACAUGGCACAUGACACGACACAUGACAUCUCGCAGCAGGCUUCCUAUGAGGGACAGGGCAAGACGGAGGGACAGGGCAAGAUGGAGGGACAGGGCAAGAAUGAGGAAGCAUUUGCUGACCAUCACGACUUUCCUACUCUUCAACAAGCAGCUACCCGCAGCAAGGCUACAAGCCGAUCUUCUGCCACCAGCACCCAGGCUUCCAACCAGUUACCCCCAAAGACAGCCUUCAACCCCCACAGGCGGAACAUGGCUGGCGUGGUGGACAGUCGAGACAGCAGCCUCUCAAGCAGGAAUGAUGAGACAGGGGAAGUCAAGUCCAAGAUCAGAAAGAGAUACUUCGACUUUGCCCAGGCCAACCAGGAUCUCCUGCAGGAGUUCCCAUUGACAAUGCCCACAAAGAGAAUAUUGACAUUGACAAGACAUAAUCUUGACAAGUUUAAUGCUCAGAGUAGUGAUAGUGAAAGUUGUAAAUCUGGCUCUGUAUUAAGUGUGGGGUCAAAUCAGAAUGUACCCAUGUAUGAGAGAUAUCCAGUGACUUUAGACGACAUAAGGAAAUCUAGACAUCACCAGGCUAACCAUCCUUUACCAAGCAACCAAGACAACCUGCGUGCUGAAAAUUCAUCCAUAAACUUAAGUAAAGAUGAGCAAAAGAACACAAGAUUAGAAAAUGCUAUGGAUGCAUAUCUUAGCAAUGAAACUAAAUGUGAUAAACUUCCUGCUGAUAACACUUUAUUACAGGUAAAUGAUAAAGAUGAUGUAAACUCCAACCAAACUGACAUUUCCAAUGUGUCAAAUUUGAAUGGCUCAAAUUUUUCAGAGGAGGAUAAUAAUCCUGACCCUACUGAUCAUGCACAAAGUGGACAGGAUGUCAAAUUUGAAGGAUCAGAUAAACAAGAUAGCGAUAAACUGUUUCCUAUAAACACAGAUGUAAAUGCUGUAAUUGACUUUGAUAGAAAGGUUGCUCAAGCAUAUAUGACACCAGAUCAAGUUUUAGCAAAUAGUACAAAAUCUGAAACAGAGAGUGCAAGUGUGGCAAGAACAGCCUCUGAGAAGAUCGGCUCACUUGAAGAAUUUUCUUCCUCUGCUGCUGAAAGUGAUAUACCUUGCUUGAAUAAAAAACUUGAAUCGGGUGAAAACAGUUAUUAUGCAUUAACCAAGCCUGAAAAGAUAGUCCCUAAGAUCAAUUCGACCUCCUUAUCCCAGCCUGUGUAUGUUGAAGGUAAGGAGACAGACAGUGAGUUGGAGGGCUUCCAGACGGUGAAACACAAGGUGAGAAGGAAGACACCACCAAAGGCGAUAGUUGCAGUAAGACCUCUACAGCAAACAGACACUGUCUGGAGACUAUAUGGAAGGGAUGUCAUCCAGGUUGAUGGGUUGCCAGCAGUGUCCGAUGUGAGCCACCUGCACAGCCUCGUCAGUGGAUUUGGCAUCAUUAUUGACCACCAGGUUUGCUUGGAGAAUGGAGCCACUGCCAUCAGGUUCAAAUUGUGUAGUGCAGAGUCAUGUGAGUUUUGUGUGCAGUGUCUUGAUGGUUCGGACUGCAUUCUACCAGAUAGCAACUCGCGAAUCAGCUGCCGUCACCUCACAGUCUAGGCCGGGAAAAUUUCUUGUCAACAGCUAUGUUAAGAUGAUGAAUAAUAUCCUGGAUUCUAAUUACACAUGUGUAACUAAAUGUGAAAUUAUAGUUAAAAGAUGAACAAAUACAUAUAGUUGGUCAUACGUAUAUGCAUCACUUGCUCCCCUGCUGUACAUACAGCUAAACACCAAAACCAGUUCAAUUAGCUAUACCAUAUAUGUUGUUUGUACAAGGUGUAUUGUUUGUAUCAUGAAUAUGAUCCUUAUACUGUAGCCCAAAGUAGUCCCCAUAAGACUUGAAUGUGUCAUUAGCAACCUGAUGUGUAUUAGGUUUAGACAUGUACAUGAAGCAGCAAUUAGCAAUGAUCUCAGGGAGCUGAUCUCAACAAUUACUUCUAGAUAUGCUACUAUUUCAUUCAUUUUAUAAUUUAUGGAUACAUGUUUACUGUUAAUACACAUUAGCAACUGUUUAUUAUACUCAUUCGAAAUACUGUAGAGCAUAAAUUGUGAUCAUAAAACAAAGAAAAUAUUAUUUAUAAUAUGGCCUUCUUUUAAAAUGUUGGUAUUUAGAUUUCCUAUAUUUUAACACUUGGUGGCUACCAUGUACCGAGCACUUUUCAUUUCAUUAAAUCAGGAACAUUAUAAUUUGUAAAUAGUUUAUGCUCAUGAGUUUCUGAUGAUCUAUGCAAUGCUUCAAACAGUAUGUUAUUUAAUGAGUAAAUAAAUAAAACUGUUGUGUUGUCCAUAAUGAUAUUAAUUUAUGUUUCAACACAAAUGUUGAAAUUGUUACUAGAAGCAAUGAUAAAAUAUAUAAAGCAAUAUAACAUCAUUUUACACCGCAUUUUGGUCGAAGUGCUCCAUACAGCGGUAAAUGCAGUAUGUUCAAGAUUCAGCAUUUCAUUAUUUUAUCAAUGGAAUCUUCCCAUAUUUUCAGCUUUAAUAGCUAAUACAAUGUUAUAACAACAGAAAGUGAUCAUAUGUUUUAACUACAUGAAUUUUCCUGACAACCUAAUAUAUGGUCUAACCCUUAAAUGAGGGUGAAUAAGCUCGAAUCACACACACUCACACAUGCACGAAGCACACACACACACACAUGCACGCACGCACACACGUUUAGCUGGGAUAUAAUAUAUAAUUAUGUAUUUCUCCUAUGUCUGUAUCUAUGCAAGGGUGCAAAUGCACCAAAUGUGCCAAAUUUUAUUUUUCUAUAGUAGAAGCUUAUAUCAUAAUUUUUCAUCAAUUCCAUUUAGCUUUCAGAUAUUGUUAGUGUCAUUCUCCAUUCUUUUGUUGUACAUGUACUAUGUA